ACGCUGUUGACUUCCGGGACGCGCCAGUAGUGAAGGAAGCGAGAGUGUUUGGAACAGUCAAGCUGGGUGUUGUUUAUAUAGUGCUUUGGGGCGUAAGAGUCUUGUGGCCAGCAAUUCUGCCAUGUCGUUGUACAGGUGUGUCUAAUAAUCAGGUUAAUUACCGGUGAUUGACAGGUGUGACAUCACGAGACAGGAUGUGUCGAUGGGGCUGUACCACAACCAGCACCACGUACAUGUGUAAGUGGUGCGGCACGAGGUACUGUAAAGAGUGUCUCCAUGGCGACUUCGUCGGUCAGAUGAAAGAGCCGGCAAAGUGCAGGAUAUGUAAUCAGAUACGGUGUCAAGGCGCACGAGUGGAAUAUGUUCCUCACCAAAAUAAACCGGAAGACGGCGACAAUAAGCGCGGAAAGUCAGCUCCUGCAGGACGAGGGCGCUCUCCAGCGAAAAGUGGAAGACCUACAAAGUCGGCAAAGGGAUCAAAGAGUGCCAAAGGAAAGAAGUCAGGGAAAAAAUCAGGAAAGAAGAAGAAGAAGAAGUAAUGAAACUUAAUAUGCAUUAACUGCCAAAUCGUUAUUUAGAGAAUUUUACGUAUUUGAUUUUAUAGUUUUAUAGCUCAAUAGUACCUCUGGACUAGUGGGUAGGGUGGGUGGGGUAUCAGAGUGACGACACUAUACGGCAAUGUCGUUUAUUAUAGUGAAGUCACCCUUGCUUUACAAAAACAAAACCCUUUUAACUACUGAGAAGUCGGUUUAAAUUAUGAUAAUAUAAUAAAGCCUAAAUACUAUUAUCAUUGGCGUUUUGUCAUAAAUUUUGCUCAAAUCCUGAUUAUUAAUAGGAAAUGACAAUUAUUAUUAUAUAAUAUUGGGUAUACAAUAAAACCUCAAUGCAAUGCCACUCGUUAUAGUUGCCACCUCGCUUACCGCUAGCAUAUCUCAAUGCCUUUUUUUCCUUGCUUUCUUAGGAAUUAUUUUAUACAUUUUUCUCAUGUUUUUUGCCAAACCCCUUUAUAACGCCAAAAUUUCUCUGGAGAACGAAAUGUUACUGUAUGUGUUACAAAUUUUGUUUUAAAUACGAUUUAUUUUACAUUAAAACAGCGAAUUCUUAAUAACAAACACAUACUAUCAUUGUUAUUAGUAACAUAUUUCAGUUUAUUCAUGUUUUACGAUAUGUUAAAAUAAUUAUUGUGACAAACUGAUGUUUUCUGCGGAGUUUGUCUGUCCUCCCUACUAUCUUUUAUUUUUUCGUCAAAAGCCGAUUCUUUGAAUAAUGCAAUGCCUUUUUUGCUAUGAUGUUUUUAUUCUGAUAACUUUAAAAUUCGUUCCUGCAUUAUGUUUAUCAUAUAUGUAUUAGAGAAGAUUACAUAUAUUAUUUUCUUUUUUACAAUUUUAGCAUAUUGUUAUUUUUGUCUUUAAUUAUAUACAUGAAUUAACAUAAAUAUGAAUGCUACAGUCUAGUAACUUUAAAGGGUAAAGACAAACAGAACUUGCUACUCUUUUAAAUAUGAAAAGUGGACACUGUCGAAGUGCUAUUACUGACAAUAAGCAUUUCUCAGUAAAGGUGGGAAGAGGUGGAUACGUGUUCUAAUAUAUGUAGACUGUGAUAGCAACAUUUCCUGGUGAAAUACACUUAACCUGUUACGACCUAAUAAAUCCGGUAGUUGUUUACCAG